AUGGAAAGCACUAAAGCUAGGGAGAAGGAAAACCUUAUUCCAUCCUUAUCUGAAGAAGAGAGGCUUCUUGAAUUAGGCAGGGUGAGUGAAAGGAUGCUCAAAGAAGGUGUAUCAGAAGAGGGCAUUGACGGCUUUAAGGCCUGUGCUGAUAACGUCUCAACCUCCAAUUUGCAUGCGGAUGGGGCAGCUGGGGAUCUGCAAAUGGAUGCGACCCCUAUGUGUUUGCUGAACAGACAGAUGCAAACCUCUUUGUCUUCCUCUUUUCUUGUUGAUCAUUCGUAUGAAAUGAGGGGGAAACAGGUUUUUUCCUUGGAUGAUGAAAAUGGGUUGAGAAGGGAUAAAGAACCACCUGACAGGUUUUUAUUCAGAUCAAGAAAGUUCAAAAGAGUGGGUUGA